AUGAGAGUUGACGCUUUCCAUUACCCCGCCCCAUUCUCCCGCUUUCCAUCACCCCGCCCCAUUCUCCCACUUUCCAUCACCCCGCCCCAUUCUCCCACUUUCCAUCACCCCGCCCCAUUCUCCCGCUUGCCAUCACCCCGCCCCUUUCUUCCUCUUUCCAUCACCCCGCCCCAUUCUCCCGCUUUCCAUCACCCCGCCCCAUUCUCCCGCUUUCCAUCACCCUGCCCCAUUCUCCCGCUUUCCAUCACCCCCCCCAUUCUCCCGCUUUCCAUCACCCCGCCCCAUUCUUCGCUUUCCAUCACCCCGCCCCAUUCUCCCACUUUCAAUCACCCCGCCCCUUUCUUCCUCUUUCCAUCACCCUGCCCCAUUCUCCCGCUUUCCAUCACCCCGCCCCAUUCUCCCGCUUUCCAUCACCCCGCCCCAUUCUCCCGCUUUCCAUCACCCCGCCCCAUUCUACCGCUUUCCAUCACCCCACCCCAUUCUCUCGCUUUCCAUCACCCCGCCCCAUUCUCCGUUUUCCAUCAUCCCGCCCCAUUCUCCCGCGUUCCAUCACCCCGCCCCAUUUUCCCGCUUUCCAUCACCCCGCCCCAUGCUCCCGCUUUCCAUCACCCCGCCCCAUUCUCCCGCUUUCCACCACCCUGCCCCAUUCUCCCGCUUUCUAUCACCCUGCCCCAUUCUCCCGCUUUCCAUCACCCCGCCCCAUUCUCCGGCUUUCCAUCACCCCGCCCCAUUCUCCCGCUUUCCAUCACCCCGCCCCAUUCUCCCGCUUUCCAUCACCCCGCCCCAUUCUCCUGCUUUCCAUCACCCCACCCCAUUCUCCCGCUUUCCAUCACCCCGCCCCAUUCUCCCGCUUUCCAUCACCCCGCCCCAUUCUCCCGCUUUCCAUCACCCCGCCCCAUUCUCCUGCUUUCCAUCACUCCGCCCCAUUCUCCCGCUUUCCUUCACCCCGCCCCAUUCUCCCGCUUUCCAUCACCCCACCCCAUUCUCCCUCUUUUCAUCACCCCGCCCCAUUCCCCCUCUUUCCAUCACCCCGCCCCAUUCUCCCUCUUUCCAUCACCCCGCCCCAUUCUCCCUAUUUCCAUCACCCCGCCCCAUUCUCCCUCUUUCCAUCACCCCGCCCCAUUCUCCCGCUCGACUCCGCCCAAGCGAGGACGGGGCCACCCCACAACUCCCGUUGACAAUUCUGCCGCUUUCCAUCACCCCGCCCCAUUCUCCUGCUUUCCAUCACCCCGCCCCAUUCUCCCGCUUUCCAUCACCCCGCCCCAUUCUCCUGCUUUCCAUCACCCCGCCCCAUUCUCCUGCUUUCCAUCACCCCGCCCCAUUCUCCCGCUUUCCAUCACCCCGCCCCAUUCUCCCGCUUUCCAUCACCUCGUCCCAUUCUCCCUCUUUUCAUCACCCCGCCCCAUUCUCCCUCUUUCCAUCACCCCGCCCCAUUCUCCCGCUUUCCAUCACCCCGGCCCAUUCUCCCGAUUUCCAUCACCCCGCCCCAUUCUCCCACUUUCCAUCACCCCGCCCCAUUCUCCCGCUUUCCAUCACCCCGCCCCAUUCUCCCGCUUUCCAUCACCCCGCCCCAUUCUCCCUCUUUCCAUCACCCCGGCCCAUUCUCCCUCUUUCCAUCACCCCGCCCCAUUCUCCCGCUUUCCAUCACCCCGCCCCAUUCUCCCGCUUUCCAUCACCCCGCCCCAUUCUCCCGCUUUCCAUCACCCCGCCCCAUUCUUCCGCUUUCCAUCACCCUGCCCCAUUCUCCAGCUUUCCAUCACCCCGCCCCAUUCUCCCGCUUUCCAUCACCCCGCCCCAUUCUCCCCCAAUCCAUCACCCCGCCCCAUUCUCCCUCUUUCCAUCACCCUGCCCCAUUCUCCCUCUUUCCAUCACCCCACCCCAUUCUCCCUAUUUCCAUCACCCCGCCCCAUUCUCCCGCUUUCCAGCACCCCGCCCCAUUCUCCCUCUUUCCAUCACCCCGCCCCAUUCUCCCCCUUUCCAUCAGCCUGCCCCAUUCUUCCGCUUUCCAUCACCCCGCCCCAUUCUUUAGCUUUCCAUCACCCCGCCCCAUUCUCCCGCUUUCCAUCACCCCGCCCCAUUCUCCCGCUUUCCAUCACCCCGCCCCAUUCUCCCGCUUUCCAUCACCCCGCCCCAUUCUCCUGCUUUCCAUCACCCCGCCCCAUUCUUCCGCGUUCCAUCACCCUGCCCCAUUCUCCAGCUUUCCAUCACCCCGCCCCAUUCUCCCGCUUUCCAUCACCCCGCCCCAUUCUCCCUCUUUUCAUCACCCCGCCCCAUUCUCCCUCUUUCCAUCACCCCGCCCCAUUCUCCCUCUUUCUAUCACCCCACCUCAUUCUCCCUAUUUCCAUCACCCCGCCCCAUUCUCCCGCUUUCCAUCACCCCGCCCCAUUCUCCCUCUUUCCAUCACCCCGCCCCAUUCUCUCUCUUUCCAUCACCCCGCCCUAUUCUCCCUUUUUUUUUAUCACCCCGCCCCAUUCUUCCGCUUUCCAUCACCCCGCCCCAUUCUCCCUAUUUCCAUCACCCCGCCCCAUUCUUCCGCUUUCCAUCACCCCGCCCCAUUCUCCAGCUUUCCAUCACCCCGCCCCAUUCUGUUGCUUUCCAUCACCCCGCCCCAUUCUCCCGCUUUCCAUCACCCCGCCCCAUUCUCCCGCUUUCCAUCACCCCGCCCCAUUCUUCCGCUUUCCAUCACCCAGCCCCAUUCACCCUCUUUCCGUCACCCCGCCCCAUUCUCCAGCUUUCCAUCACCCCGCCCCAUUCUCCCGCUUUCCAUCACCCCGCCCCAUUCUCCCGCUUUCCAUCACCCCGCCCCAUUCUCCUGCUUUCCAUCACCCCGCCCUAUUCUCCCUCUUUCCAUCACCCCGCCCCAUUCUCCCGCUUUCCGUCACCCAGCCUCAUUAUCCCGCUUUCCAUCACCCCGCCCCAUUUUCCCGCUUUCCAUCACCCCGCCCCAUUCUCCCACUUUCCAUCACCCCGCCCCAUUCUCAAGCUUUCCAUCACCUCGCCCCAUGCUCCCGUUUCCAUCACCCCGCCCCAUUCUCCCGCUUUCCGUCACCCCGCCCCAUUCUUCCGCUUUCCAUUGCCCCGCCCCAUUCUCCCGCUUUCCAUCACCCCGCCCCAUUCUCCCGCUUUCCAUCACUUCGCCCCAUUCUCCCGCUUUCCAUCACCCCGCCCCUUUCUUCCUCUUUCCAUCACCUCGCCCCAUUCUCCAGCUUUCCAUCACCCCGCCCCAUUCUCCCGCUUUCCAUCACCCCGCCCCAUUCUCUCACUUUCAAUCACCCCGCCCCAUUCUCCCGCUUUCCAUCACCCCGCCCCAUUCUCCUGCUUUCCAUCACCCCGCCCCAUUCUUCCGCUUUCCAUCACCCUGCCCCAUUCUCCAGCUUUCCAUCACCCCGCCCCAUUCUCCCGCUUUCCAUCACCCCGCCCUAUUCUCCCUCUUUCCAUCACCCCACCCCAUUCUCCCUAUUUCCAUCACCCCGCCCCAUUCUCCCGCUUUCCAUCACCCCGCCCCAUUCUCCCUCUUUCCAUCACCCCGCCCCAUUCUCUUUCUUUCCAUCAACCCGCCCCAUUCUCCCUCUUUCCAUCACCCCGCCCCAUUCUUCCGCUUUCCAUCACCCCGCCCCAUUCUCCCUAUUUCCAUCACCCCGCCCCAUUCUUCCGCUUUCCAUCACCCCGCCCCAUUCUCCCGCUUUCCAUCACCCCGCCCCAUUCUCCAGCUUUCCAUCACCCCGCCUCAUUCUCCCGCUUUCUAUCACCCUGCACCAUUCUCCCGCUUUCCAUCACCCCGCCCCAUUCUUCCGCUUUCCAUCUCCCUGCCCCAUUCACCCUCUUUCCGUCACCCCGCCCCAUUCUCCAGCUUUCCAUCACCCCGCCCCAUUCUCCCGCUUUCCAUCACCCCGCCCCAUUCUCCCGCUUUCCAUCACCCCGCCCCAUUCUCCUGCUUUCCAUCACCCCGCCCUAUUCUCCCUCUUUCCAUCACCCCGCCCCAUUCUCCCGCUUUCCGUCACCCAGCCCCAUUAUCCCGCUUUCCAUCACCCCGCCCCAUUUUCCCGCUUUCCAUCACCCCGCCCCAUUCUCCCGCUUUCCAUCACCCCGCCCCAUUCUCAAGCUUUCCAUCACCUCGCCCCAUGCUCCCGCUUUCCAUCACCCCGCCCCAUUCUCCCGCUUUCCGUCACCCCGCCCCAUUCUUCCGCUUUCCAUUACCCCGCCCCAUUCUCCUGCUUUCCAUCACCCCGCCCCAUUCUCCCGCUUUCCAUCACUUCGCCCCAUUCUCCCGCUUUCCAUCACCCCACCCCAUUCUCCCGCUUUCCAUCACCCCGCCCCAUUCUCCCGCUUUCCAUCACCCCGCCCCAUUCUCCUGCUUUCCAUCACCCCGCCCCAUGCUCCCGCUUUCCAUCACCCCGCCCCAUUCUCCCGCUUUCCGUCACCCCGCCCCAUUCUUCCGCUUUCCAUUACCCCGCCCCAUUCUCCUGCUUUCCAUCACCCCGCCCCAUUCUCCCGCUUUCCAUCACUUCGCCCCAUUCUCCCGCUUUCCAUCACCCCACCCCAUUCUCCCGCUUUCCAUCACCCUGCCCCAUUCUCCCGCUUUCCAUCACCCUGACCCAUUCUCCCUCUUUUCAUCACCCCGCCCCAUUCUCCCUCUUUCCAUCACCCCGCCCUAUUCUCCCUCUUUCCAUCACCCCGCCCCAUUCUCCCGCUUUCCAACACCCCGCCCCAGUCUCCCGCUCCAUCACCCCGCCCCAUUCUCCCGCUUUCCAUAACCCCGCCCCAUUCUCCCGCUUUCCAUCACCCCGCCCCAUUCUCCCGCUUUCCAUCACCCCGCCCCAUUCUUCCGCUUUCCAUCACCCCGCCCCAUUCUCCCGCUUUCCAUCACCCCGCCCCAUUCUCCUGCUUUCCAUCACCCCGCCCCAUUCUCCCGCUUUCCAUCACCCCGCCCCAUUCUCCCGCUUUCCAUCACCCCGCCCCAUUCUCCCGCUUUCCAUCACCCCGCCCCAUUCUCCCUCGUUUCAUCACCCGCCCCUUUCUCCCUCUUUCCAUUACCCUACCCCAUUCUCCCUCUUUCCAUCACCCCGCCCCAUUCUCCCGCUUUCCAUCACCCCGCCCCAUUCUCCCGCUUUCCAUCACCCCGCCCCAUUCUCCCGCUUUCCAUCACCCCGCCCCAUUCUCCCGCUUUCCAUCACCCCGCCCCAUUCUCCCGCUUUCCAUCACCCCGCCCCAUUCUCCCACUUUCCAUUACCCCGCCCCAUUCUCCUGCUUUCCAUCACCCCGCCCCAUUCUCCCGCUUUCCAUCACCCCACUCCAUUCUCCCGCUUUCCAUCACCCUGCCCCAUUCUCCCGCUUUCCAUCACCCCGACCCAUUCUCCCUCUUUUCAUCACCCCGCCCCAUUCUCCCUCUUUCCAUCACCCCGCCCUAUUCUCCCUCUUUCCAUCACCCCGCCCCAUUCUCCCGCUUUCCAACACCCCGCCCCAUUCUCCCGCUCCAUCACCCCGCCCCAUUCUCCCGCUUUCCAUCACCCCGCCCCAUUCUCCCACUUUCCAUCACCCCGCCCCAUUCUCCCGCUUUCCAUCACCCCGCCCCAUUCUUCCGCUUUCCAUCACCCCGCCCCAUUAACCCUCUUUCCAUCACCCCGCCCCAUUCUCCCUCUUUCCAUCACCGUGCCCCAUUCUUCUGCUUUUCAUCACCCCGCCCCAUUCUCCCUCUUUCAAUCACCCCGCCCCAUUCUUCCGCUUUUCAUCACCCCGCCCCAUUCUCCCUCUUUCCAUCACCCUGCCCCAUUCCCCCUCUUUCCAUCAGCCCGCCCCAUUCUCCCGCUUUCCACCACCCUGCCCCAUUCUCCCGCUUUCCAUCACCCUGCCCCAUUCUCCCGCUUUCCAUCACCCCGCCAUAUUCUUCCUCUUUCCAUCACCCCGCCCCAUUCUCCCGCUUUCCAUCACGCCGCCCCAUUCUCAUGCUUUCCAUCACCCCGCCCCAUUCUCCCGCUUUCCAUCACCCCGCCAUAUUCUCCCUCUUUCCAUCACCCCGCCCCAUUCUCCCGCUUUCCAUCACGCCGCCCCAUUCUCAUGCUUUCCAUCACCCCGCCCCAUUCUCCCGCUUUCCAUCACCCCGCCCAAUUCUCCCGCUUUCCAUCACCCCGCCCCAUUCUCCCGCUUUCCAUCACCCUGCCCCAUUCUCCCUCUUUCCAUCACCCCGCCCCAUUCUCCCUCUUUCCAUCACCCCACCCUAUUCUCCCUCUUUCCAUCACCCCGCCCCACUCUCCCACUUUCCAUCACCCCACCCCUUUCUCCCGCGUUCCAUCACCCCGGCCAUUCUCCCGCUUUCCAUCAUCCCGCCCCAUUCUCCCGCUUUCCAUCACCCCGCCCUAUUCUCCCGUUUUCCACCACCCUGCCCCAUUCUCACGCUUUCCAUCACCCUGCCCCAUUCUCCCGCUUUCCAUCACCCCGCCCCAUUCUCCCGCUUUCCAUCACCCCGCCCCAUUCUCCCGCUUUCCAUCACCCCGCCCCAUUCUCAAGCUUUCCAUCACCCCGCCCCAUUCUCCUGCUUUCCAUCACCCCGCCCCCUUCUCCCGCUUUCCAUCACCCCGCCCCAUUCUCCCGCUUUUAAUCACCCCGCCCCAUUCUCCCGCUUUCCAUCACCCCGGCCUAUUCUCCCUUUUUCCAUCACCCCGCCCCAUUCUCCUGCUUCCCAUCACCCCGCCCUAUUCUCCCGCUUUCCAUCACCCCGCCCCAUUCUCCCGCUUUCCAUCAUCCCGCCCCAUUCUCCCUCUUUUCAUCACCCCGCCCCAUUCUCCCUCUUUCCACCACCCUGCCCCAUUCUCCCGCUUUCCAUCACCCCGGCCCAUUCUCCCUAUUUCCAUCACCCCGCUCCAAUCUCCCACUUUCCAUCAUCCCGCCCCAUUCUCCCGCUUUCCGUCACCCGGCCCCAUUCUCCCGCUUUCCAUCACCCCACCCCAUUCUCCCACUUUCCAUCACCCCGCCCCA